GUUAGAAGCAGUGAAAUGGUAUUUGUGGAAGCUGCAGUAUCUGUGUAUUUGUUACUAUCAAGUUGGUAUCUGUUCCCAGAGCAAGCUAGGGCCCCAAGCAACCACGGUGGAAGCGCAUACAAUGGAGAUUCACAAGUUUUAUAUUGGGCAGAUGCAAGUUCUGAAAUCGCAUUUGUUGUACCGACGCGGUGUUGUGAACAUGAUGUAUCACCACAGUUUGAUUCAUCAUCAGAAUCAACAAAUGUGUCUGGUCAAGCCUGGUUUGAACGCAGUAUCUCAGACAGUACAGGAAAUGUAGGUCGAAGCACUGAGAAGACUCGAACUUUGUCAUUAGACCUGGACAAGCCUUCUGCCUCAUCGUCUGCGGGCACCAAUGGAUCAGGUCGAAGACAAGCAGGCGCUAUUCGUCAUUCGCCUCCACCUCAUUCCAACACCAAAGUUCUUGUCUUCUGGACAGAGAGCUUUGAGGAUCAGUUGCAGUUUCCAUUAGCUGACUUGCUGCGAGCCACCACCACAGGUCUCGAAGGCGGCAGUGGCAGAGUACCAGACGAACGUGACUGCUUUCUUAUAUGCCUGCAUGCCUUGGCCAGUGGACUGUUUCGAGUAAAACUUCAGGGCCCUGCAGGUGGUCGGACAAGCAUUGCAACACCUCUAGUCGAUGGAAUGGUCGUAAGUCGACGGGCUCUUGGCUCCAUGGUACGCCAGACUGCACUGAACAUGUGUCGUCGCAGGAGACUUGAUAAUGACAGUUAUCAACCACCUCAUUUACGACGACGCAUCAAGGUACAAGAACUAGUUCAGAAAUACCGAUGUCAGCUGAGCUACCCUGAAUUGCUUACAUACCUGUUUAGUGACCCACCCACUUAGUCGACUGACAACUCAGGUUGCUUAGUACCUCAUACUGAAUGUUGAAAUAUGUGAAGAAAGACGCUUCCACAUUUAAACAACAGUCAACUUAUAUUUUCAUUAUUUUUAUUGGUAUUUUGGUAUAGAACAUGUGUUCUCAACCUGUGAACAGUAAGUAAAAUGUAAAGCUAUCCCUGUAACAGGCUGUGAAGACCCAUAGGGUUUUGAGACGUUGAGGGUCCCACA